AUGGAGGACCUGCGACGCUUGUGGGUGGAGGAUGGCCGCCAGCAGAUGGAGGUCCCAUUGAAACGGGACAAGGCUAAACAUUAUGUAUUCUGCAAGGUCAAAAGCGUCCGCGGCAAGAUUCAGAUACAUCGCGAUCAGCCUAUCUCCCAAAGUACCCUAUCUCGACAGCUCAAGACCUUUGGGGAGAUCGCCGGCUUUAAGUGGUCAUUGUUCACGCAUCGGUUCCGGUACGGUGGCGGCACCAUUCUAAAUGAAAGCGGUCUUGUUAGCGACGCCAAACAGAACUUGAUCAUGAAGCACGCGGACAUCCGAACGUUCCUGAAUCAUUACCUUCCUCGGCGAAUCAACACUGAUAUGCAGGCGUUGAUGAGAGGACUCAAACCAGAUUCGGCCAUGAUGAGGGCAGUCACUAGGAUGGGACGAUGGAUUGACCCACGUCGGCCCCGAGAGCUCACUGAUGCGCAGAAGGCCACGGUGGAGCACGAUCCAGAGCUGCAGAAGGCUAUUCGGAAGCGGGAUGCGUUCUCCAAAAAGCUUCAGCGCAGUCAGAAAAAGACUAGCUGGAAGCUCGAUAAGCUUGACAAACUGAAACGGGGAGUCACAAACACGCGGAAUCGACUGCUGUAUGCGCUCCGCCAACGUGUACGAGAGGAAUUUGAUGAGGAGCAGGCGGUCCUUGAUAUUGAGCGGCAACUGGCGGGCACUGCUAUUCUAGACGAAGAGGCUAAGGAGCAGCUCCAAAUUGAAGAGCAACUCCAAAUUGAAGAGCAACUCCUUCCGCAGCAGAUUCACCUGCUGGGUAAACUCAUGACUUGGCCUACCUCCUUGUCAGUGGAAGCAGAGUGGCAGCGGCGAAAUGAGGCUACCGAAGCAGUUCGACUCUAUUGUGAUGUCCUGGAAGGUGGCCCGCGACGAGGUCGACGGCCCAAACGGACCGUUCCGGUGAAAGAACCCCAAAAGCAUAGCCUCCCCAGAGAAGAAGUUAUUGCGCCAACCGAAUCCCCUCCUCUUACCCCGUCACCCUCACGGCAUGAAAUUGCCUUGCAGGAGGCUGGCGAAGACAUCCGAACUGCCGCGAAGCCCCGAGCGUGCUUUCAGUGCUAUGGAAACCCCGCAGGAUGUGACAAUCGGCGUCUCAAGCAGUACUCCCGCCACACGGGUCUGUUACGACACUUCCGAGCCGUGCAUCUGGACGAUCGUCACUGUAACUACUGCAAUGAGUCCGUGGACAACGAUAUGUGUUGGCGGAGACACACCGUAGACAAGCAUCGCUUGAAUGUCAGAUACCUUGACUACCCUCAGGAUCUUUGA